AGCGUCGUGCGUGCUCGCGUCGGUGCGCGCCCUGAAGCCCCGCUCCCACCCUCUGCGUCCGGUUCUCGUCCUUUGCUUCGCCCCACCCCACACACCUCUGCCCCGGACCCAUUUCGGAGGCGGAGCCGAGGCGCGGCUCAGUCGGAGCCACGAGCACGAGCGCGUGCCUACGACAGCGCGUGCCAGCCCGGUCGCGAGAAGACCCCGCCUUCCCGUCCCCCCCCCACGCCGGCCUCCCAUCCUCCGACUACUCUCUGGGCGCUGAGAACGAGGGCACCGGCGCGCUGUGCAGCCAUGGAGGUUCCCGGUAGCCUGUGCAAGAAAGUCAAGCUGAGCAAUAACGCGCAGAACUGGGUGAUAAGGACGGAGAAGAGAUAAAAGGUGAAUUAGACCAUUGGAAAGAGCGCUGGACUAGCGGCCUGGUCUCUGGUUCCACCUUUGCUGUGUAGUAGUUGUGUGAUCCUGAGUAAAAACCCUCGACUUCUUUAAACCUCAGCUGACUUAAAGGGGAUGCAGAGGGCAACUAAUGUCACCUAUCAAGCUCACCACGUCAGCAGGAACAAGAGAGGUCAGGUGGUGGGGACCAGAGGUGGCUUUCGCGGUUGCACGGUUUGGCUAACAGGCUUAUCGGGAGCAGGAAAGACCACCGUAAGCAUGGCUUUGGAGGAGUACUUGGUUUGCCAUGGUAUUCCAUGCUACACUUUGGAUGGCGACAACAUUCGUCAAGGUCUCAAUAAAAAUCUUGGCUUUAGUCCUGAAGACAGAGAAGAGAAUGUUCGACGCAUCGCAGAAGUUGCUAAGCUGUUUGCAGAUGCUGGCUUAGUGUGCAUCACAAGUUUUAUAUCGCCUUAUACUCAGGAUCGCAACAAUGCAAGGCAAAUUCAUGAGGGUGCAAGUUUACCUUUUUUUGAAGUGUUUGUUGAUGCUCCCCUGCAUGUUUGUGAACAGAGGGAUGUCAAAGGACUCUACAAAAAAGCACGGGCUGGAGAAAUUAAAGGUUUCACUGGGAUUGAUUCUGAAUAUGAAAAGCCAGAGGCCCCGGAAUUGGUGCUGAAAACAGACUCCUGUGAUGUAAAUGACUGUGUCCAGCAGGUUGUGGAACUUCUACAGGAACGGGAUAUUGUACCUGUGGAUGCCUCUUACGAAGUGAAAGAACUGUAUGUGCCAGAAAAUAAACUUCAUUUGGCAAAAACAGAUGCAGAAACAUUACCAGCAUUGAAAAUUAAUAAAGUGGAUAUGCAGUGGGUGCAGGUUUUGGCAGAAGGUUGGGCAACCCCGCUGAAUGGCUUUAUGAGAGAGAGGGAGUACUUGCAGUGUCUUCAUUUCGAUUGUCUUCUGGAUGGGGGUGUCAUUAACUUGUCAGUACCGAUAGUUCUGACUGCUACUCAGGAAGAUAAAGAGAGGCUGGACGGCUGCACGGCUUUUGCUCUGAUGUACGAGGGCCGCCGCGUGGCUAUUCUUCGCAAUCCAGAGUUUUUUGAGCACAGGAAGGAGGAGCGCUGUGCCAGGCAGUGGGGAACAACAUGCAAGAACCACCCCUACAUCAAGAUGGUUAUGGAACAAGGAGAUUGGCUGAUUGGAGGAGAUCUUCAAGUCUUGGACCGAAUUUAUUGGAAUGAUGGUCUUGAUCAGUAUCGUUUUACUCCUACUGAGCUAAAACAGAAGUUUAAAGAUAUGAAUGCAGAUGCUGUCUUUGCAUUUCAAUUACGCAACCCAGUGCACAAUGGCCAUGCUCUAUUAAUGCAGGAUACCCAUAAGCAGCUUCUAGAGAGGGGCUACCGGCGCCCUGUCCUUCUCCUUCACCCUCUUGGUGGCUGGACAAAGGACGAUGAUGUUCCUCUGAUGUGGCGUAUGAAGCAGCAUGCUGCAGUGCUGGAGGAAGGAGUCCUGAAUCCUGAAACCACAGUGGUGGCCAUCUUCCCAUCUCCCAUGAUGUAUGCUGGACCAACUGAGGUCCAGUGGCAUUGCAGAGCACGGAUGGUUGCAGGAGCCAAUUUUUAUAUUGUUGGACGAGACCCUGCUGGCGUGCCUCAUCCAGAAACAGGGAAGGGUUUGUAUGAGCCAACUCAUGGCGCCAAAGUGCUGACCAUGGCCCCUGGCCUAAUCACCCUGGAAAUAGUUCCCUUUCGAGUUGCGGCUUAUAACAAGAAGAAGAAGCGGAUGGACUACUAUGACUCUGAGCACCAUGAAGACUUUGAAUUUAUAUCAGGAACACGAAUGCGCAAACUUGCCCGAGAAGGCCAGAAACCUCCUGAAGGUUUCAUGGCUCCCAAGGCCUGGACCGUGCUGAUGGAAUACUACAAAUCCUUGGAGAAAGCUUAAGCUGUUAACCCAGUCAUUUCACCUUUGACACCUCACUGAGUAACAAGAGGGGACCAUGUAGUUACUGUUGGCAUUUCUUUGUGGUGGUAUCUGUAUGGACAUGCUUCCUAAAAACAGACCCUUUUCCUUAACUAGCAUCAGUUUUGGUCUGCCUUAUGAGUUCUGUUCUGAACUAGUGUAACACACUCAUGGUUUUAAUGUAUCUUUUCCACUUAUAGUUAAAUAUUCCUACAAUACAGUCUUUUUGUAUUAUAUUUAUGCUUCUGUCUCAUGAUUUUUUCAAGCUGUUAUAUCAGUUGUAACCAAUAGUAUACACAUUGAAUCUCACUUUUCAUCUCCUGAAAAAAGAAAAAAAAUCCACUAAACAAUAAACUUGGCUAGACCUUGUUUUGGGAAUUUUACAAGACAUCUGUAGCAUUUAGAUUUUUUUUUUUACAUUGAAAGUACAAACUGCUUCCUUCCUUCCUAUCAGCUAUUGAUCUCUCAACUGUUAUGAUCUAAAGUAUAUUAAUAUCUAUGUAAGCCCUGAAUGAACUUUAUUCAAUAAAAUUAAACUUUUUGGCUUCUUA